UCCUUAAAGUCUGUCUGGUCACACAUUCCGGUUUGUAAAAGUCGACACGUACCUGCGGGGAGGAUGGACUGCACAUCGACGAGCCCCCGCGCAGGAUGCUCUUGGUUUGUUGCAGGGCUGUUGUUACCGCGGAAGUUUGCAGAUGUGCUCGUCUUCCUUGCGUGUGUCAACUUGCAUUCAUCUCCUGUGCACUCAUUGCUUUCAUUUCGUGUAAACUAAGGAGGAGUCUGGAUCGGACAGGCACUAGCGGCUCCCUUGGCAAAGACAAGAAAGGCGAGCAAGCCUCAACAAUUACCGUUGCCGCAGCAGCCACCGCUCGUCUCGCUUAACAAAACGAAAACUAUCAGGCCCGCUGCGAGACAGCUAAGCUAUGGCGAACUGAUUGUGGUCUGGCUGUAUGUUAAAAAAUAGCCAUCUGAGAAACUUUAGCCGCUGCCGCACUCCCACGCUGUUUGGUUUAUUUUGAAGUGACAAAGCGCAGAUAGCAACAUCCGAAGGCAUCCCAGGCGACGCGCGCACGCGCGCACACACAGAGCCACUUCAGCGGACGAGCGGAGCGCCAGAGGUCGUGCGCGGCCGCGGCGCCGUGGAAAUGAGCUUGUGGAGGGGCGCGGCGGCGCGGGUCAGGAGCGCCCAGUACGUUGGCUCCUUUGAAGUGGAAGACUGCAGCUUGGAUGAGAAAACGUGGCUGGUCCAUGAACAGAUGAAAUCACUGACGGAUUGCGAGAUGAAAGUCCCUGUGAUUCUGAUGUUUUCUACCAAAGGAGUGAAGAUUUAUGACAAAGACAAACAGACCUUGCUGAUGGCCCAUUGUCUCAGAAGAAUUUCCUUUACUACCUGCCGUCCAUCGGACCGUCAGUUUGCCUUUGUCGCCUACAAUCCAGGCUGCCCGCGCAACGAGCUCUACUGUCACCUGUUUGUGAGCGGCCAGCCAUCAGAGGCCACUAUUUUAAAUCUGCUGCUGAGCCGCAUGUUCCAACUGGCCUACAUGGACAGCCACCCUGAACACAUUGAGCAGCCAGGGAAUGCGUCAGCUGUCGUGAAGUUUCCUCCAUCUUCAACACUCCUCAGUGAGGGGGUCUCCCUUAAUGUCAACGCCUUAGUGUCCUUCCGAAGGGCACCCACCCAAGGAGAGCUUUUCCCUGAACAAAUGAAAGACGAUAAGGCGAAUGACAUUGAAGACAACGCCAUCGGCUGCUCAAACCUUAUGAGGAAGAAAGCGAUAAGAAGUAAGGUGCUCCGCUCUGGCGCUUACCGGUCUUUCACCUACGACUCUCAAACACACCGCUCCUUGCAGGAGAAGGUUUGUCGAAGUUGGAAGAGUAUGGAUUCGCAGAACGAGAAACCGCUACACGUUUUGGAGGCAGAAGGCAACCUGGCCCGGUGCACGUGGUCUUUUAAAGGCCUCACCAGGGAGCAAUGUACUUCACUCCUCCACAAGGACGCUUUGGGCUCCUUCUUCCUGUGGAUGAAAAGCAGCAUCCCAGAGCUGUGGGGCCUCUCCGUCCGAACCCCCUUUGGCCUAAUGGCUUAUGAGAUAAUGAAGAAUGACAGGAAUAAAUACAUGCUGAAGCACAUCCAGGAUGAAUUCACAAGUAUGGAGGAGCUGAUUCUGUACUACAUGGAUUCCCAAGGAGACUUGCUGUGCUCCCUCAGUGCCUGCCGUCUCAAUCACUGCUUUCAGACGGAGGAGUUUAUUUACGUGUCGGGGUCUCACAGCCAACUGAGCACAGAAGAGAGUGACCAGUGUGGAGAAUCGGAGGAAACCUUAACUGUUCCAGAUGGUUCAACAAAGGAUAUGGACAAAGAACUGGAGCGAGCGCUGCCAGGCUGCACACCCUGCUUGGGCUUGGGUUUAAUAGACUAAGUGGCAUUUCACCGUGGCAGUAUUGGGCCUUUCAAGGUAACAACUUGUGGUCUUAAAUGUCACCUCUGUGUUAAAAACUGGCCAGCACUUCCCUCACCCAGAGAGUUUACCGUCCCUGCAUUAAGAUGCCCACCGCUCCUCAUUUCUUCAUCAAUUUAUUUUAUCUGAAGUGACGCUAUAUGACUGGAAGAGAAGCUUUUUGAUAACACUAGCAGACUGGUAAUGGUCAAAUUAUCAUCUUUAAUAAAGG